GCAAAGAUGGUUUCCGCCGACGCCGCCCGCAACAUCGUUGGCAUCAUCGGCAACGUCAUCUCCUUCGGCCUCUUCCUCUCCCCUGUGCCGACGUUCUGGAAGAUCUACAAGAAGAAGGAUGUGGAGGAGUUCAAGGCGGACCCCUACCUGGCGACGCUGCUCAACUGCAUGCUCUGGGUCUUCUACGGGCUCCCCAUCGUCCACCCCAACAGCAUCCUCGUCGUCACCAUCAACGGCGUCGGCCUCGUCGUCGAGGCCAUCUACCUCAUGAUCUUCUUCAUCUACGCGCCCAACAAGAAGCGCCUGAGGGUGCUCUACUUCCUCGCCGGUGAGGCGGUGUUCAUGGUGAUCGUGGUGCUCUGCGUGCUCCUCACCGCCCACACCCACGAGAGGCGCUCCAUGAUCGUCGGCAUCCUCUGCAUCAUCUUCGGAACGGCCAUGUACGCCUCCCCCCUCACCGUCAUGGGUAAGGUGAUCAAGACCAAGAGUACCGAGUACAUGCCCUUCUUACUGUCGCUGGUCAACUUCUGCAACGGCUGCUGCUGGACGGCCUAUGCGCUCAUCAAGUUUGACCUCUACAUUACGAUCCCCAAUGGUCUCGGUGCCCUCUUCGGCCUCGCCCAGCUCGUCCUCUACGCCUGCUACUGCGGGUCAACCCCCAAGAAGAACAAUGGGAAGAACGUCGAGAUGCCCACCGUCGGCAACACCAACACCGUCGGCGGCGGCAACGUCUCCGUCACCGUCGAGAGAUAA